GCGGGAACCGGAGCGUCCGUCGGACAACAGGCGGCGGGAAACCGGUUCGUCCGUCGGACAACAGGCGGCGGGAAACCGGUUCGUCCGUCGGACAACAGGCGGCGGGAACCGGAGCGUCCGUCGGACAACAGGCGGCGGGAACCGGAGCGUCCGUCGGACAACAGGCGGCGGGAACGGAGCGUCCGUCGGACAACAGGCGGCGGGAACCGGUUCGUCCGUCGGACAGCAGGUGUGAGGAGACCCGCUCGUCGGUUGGUCAGGCGGCGGGAACCGGUUCGUCGGUGGGUCAGGAGGCGGGAAACCGGAGCGUCCGUCGGCCAAGCUUGAGGCGGGAGAGCCGGUGAGUCGGACGGCGGGAGGAGAGCCCGGGGCCGGGGCCAUGGACGGCAGGAGGGGCUCGGAGGGCGGCGGCGGCACCACUCACCCCGCCACCCUGGAGUCGUUCGCCAGCCGCUCCACGCUGCACGGCAUCAGCCACAUCUUCGGGGACGGGCCCGCCGGCCUCCGCCGCCUGCUGUGGGCCGCCUCCUUCCUCACCUCCUUCAGCCUGCUGGCGCUGGUGUGCCUGGAGCGGGUGGCCUACUACCUGGAGUACCCCCAUGUCACCAAGCUGGACGAGGUGUCGGCCGCCAACCUCACCUUCCCCGCCGUCACCAUCUGCAACCUCAACGAGUUCCGCUUCUCGCAGAUCACCCAGAACGACCUGUUCCACGCCGGCGAGCUGCUGGCGCUGCUCAACAAGCGGCAUGAGAUCACCCGGCCGGCGCUGGCCGAGGCCCAGGCCCUGGCCGUGCUCCGGAGGCUCGCCAACUUCCGACACUUCAGGCCCGAGCCCUUCAGCAUGGCCGACUUCUACAACCGCACGGGCCACGCACUGCGGGACAUGCUGCUGAUGUGCACCUACCGGGGCAGCAACUGCACCCACCGCAACUUCAGCACCAUUUUCACCCGGUACGGGAAAUGCUACACCUUCAACUCGGGGAAGGAGGGUUACCCCUUGCUCACCACGAUGAAGGGUGGCACCGGGAACGGCCUGGAGGUGAUGCUGGACAUCCAGCAGGACGAGUACCUCCCCGUGUGGGACAAGACCGAGGAGACGUCCUUCGAGGCUGGCCUGAAGAUUCAGAUCCACACACAGGAUGAGCCUCCCUACAUCCACGAGCUGGGCUUUGGGGUGGCACCAGGCUUCCAGACCUUCGUCUCCACCCAGGAGCAGCGGGUAGAGAUACUCUACCUUCCACCUCCGUGGGGUGACUGCAGGGUGACCAGCUUGAACUCCGGUUUCUUCAGUACCUACAGUAUCACGGCCUGCAGGAUCGACUGUGAGACGCGCUAUCUGGUGGAGAACUGUAACUGUCGCAUGGUGCAUAUGCCAGGUAACGCGGAUGUCUGCACUCCCGAACAGUACAAGAACUGUGCUGACCCAGCUCUAGAGUUUCUGGUGGAACAGGACAGUAAGUACUGCCUGUGUGAGACCCCGUGUAACGUGACACGAUUUGGGAAGGAGAUUUCCAUGGUGAAGAUUCCCAGCAAAGCCUCGGCAAAAUUCCUCGCCAAAAAAUUUAAUAAAACAGAACAAUACAUAGCGGAGAACAUUCUGGUUCUGGACAUUUUCUUUGAGGCCCUCAACUAUGAGACCAUCGAGCAGAAGAAAGCCUACGAAAUGGCCGGGCUGCUGGGUGACAUUGGGGGUCAGAUGGGCUUGUUCAUUGGAGCCAGUAUUUUAACCAUCCUGGAAAUUUUUGACUAUUUAUACGAGGUUUUUAAAGACAAAAUAUCGAGUUACAUGAAGCGCAGGAAGAGGCCGAAGAGGAGCCACUCGGACAACCUGAGCACCUGUGACACGCUGCGGAGCCACUCGGACAGUUUGGGCUUCACCCCCAACAUGCUGCCCCGUCACUCCACCCUGGGUAACUUCGAGGAGUUUGCCUGCUGACGGCGCCAGGAGCAGUGGGAGAGGCGGACGGGGCACGGCAGAGAGAGGAGAAACACCGCAGCUCGCCGCCCAGAGAUAAACCGGACCGAGGAGACGUGGCGGAGACCAGGGACUGACUGCUGACCCUCUCACCGGACAGCAUGUGGGAUGUGCCCACCUAACCACCGCCUCUGGUCUCCACCCCUCAGACUCUUGCAGUGCCACUGGUAAAUAUUGCUGUAAUUACUGUACAGAAGACACACCUAUCAAUUCCCCCCACCCAAACUGUCCAAAGUCCUGGUUCCACCAGCUCCACCUCUCAGGAGAACCCGUCAUCGCUGUGAAGACUGGGCCCACCCCUCUCGAGGGCAGGACGGAGCGUGGGCAUCGGAUCGAGGCCUCUGGCUCGCAGAUGCAGAUGGGCAUCUUGUUCUCUGGGGGUCGGGCACUUGCGGGUCUCCUCCCUCGCUCCCUCCGGCUACCUCGCCUCUCGGCACAGGACAGCACGGGUUCGAUUCCAGGACGAGGAGGUGCUGGGACAGAACGAUCCAACCCCAGGCCUGGUCGGUCACCCUGCUGUACGCCUCCUCCCCUCAGCUGCACUCUGCCCCAGCCUGGGGCAGGGAGGAGCUGGGUGAAGGCUGACCUCCGCCUGAGGGUCGGGAUCAAAGGCCAGCUCUGUCCACUAUCUCUGGCUGGGGUCUCUGCGAACGGAGCCCAGGACUUACAGAUUCACGAUGCACGGACUGGGAAUGAGAUCACCCCAUCGUUUAAUGGUUCCGGAGAUCAGAACCUGCCUUGGGUGGCUCAAGAGUGCCUGUGGGUCAAGGCCCAUUGGGACAUUUGGAGGGUGAACUUUCCCAGUUCGACUCCGGGGCUGCUGCACCUGAGAGGAUAAAACGGGGAAGUGGGAAGGGAGGGACCCCAGUGUGACUGAGUUUUGUGUGUGUGUGUGUGUGUGUGUGUGUGUGUUUAUAAGAGUGAGUGAGUGAGUCGUGGUCAUGCAGCGAGCUCACCACACCCACACCUGCCCAUUUUAUCUGUCUGUCUAUUUAUUUAUCUAUUUAUUUGUUUAUUUAUUAAUUAAUUGUCACGUGUACCACAAUACAGUGUAAAACACUGAUUUGCAUACCAUCCAUGCAGAUAAGUACAUUGAGGUUGUAGAAAGAAAACAGAAUAUAGUGUUACAGUUACAGAGAAAGUGCAGUGCAGGCAGACAGUGUGCAAGGGCCACAAUGAGUUAGAUUGGGGGAUUCAGAGUUUGUCUUUAGCAUAUGAGAGGCUGUUGAAGAGUCUGAUAACAUCAGGAUGGAAGCUGUCCUUGAGCCCGGUGGUAUGUGCUUUCAGGCUUUUGUAUCUUCUGCCUGAGGGGA